AUGGCGUCCACGGCGGCGAGGCGGCUCAGGGAGCUGCAGGGGCAGCCCGGGAACAAGACGUGCGUCGACUGCGCGCAGAGGAACCCGCAGUGGGCCAGCGUCUCCUACGGCGUCUUCAUGUGCCUCGAGUGCUCCGGCAAGCACCGGGGCCUCGGCGUGCACAUCAGCUUCGUCCGCUCCGUCACCAUGGACUCCUGGACCGAGCCGCAGCUCCGCAAGAUGGAGGCCGGGGGCAACGACCGCCUCAACGCCUUCCUCACCGCGCGGGGCGUGCCCAAGGACACGCCCCACAUCCCCAAGUACAACUCCAACGCCGCCGCCGCCUACCGCGACCGCAUCGUCGCCCUCGCCGAGGGCCGCGCGUGGACCGACCCGCCCGUCGUUAAGGAGACGCCCGGAUCUGGCGCCCCCGCCCCCGCCAGGAGGCCGCCCUUGCCCGCCGGAGUAGGGGGCGGAGGCGGUGGCGGUGGCGGUGGAUGGGACGAUUGGGACGACGAGGUCCGUCCGGAUAUGCGUAGGAACCAAUCGGCCGGAUCGUUUGCUGGCGCUGGAGCGGAUUCGGGGAGACAGCCGACGAGGUCCAAGUCCACUCAGGACAUAUACACCAAGCAGGAGCUUGAGGCGUCGGCGGCCAGCAAGGAGGAUUUUUUCGCUAGGAGAAUGGCGGAGAACGAGUCCAAGCCUCAGGGGAUCCCUCCCUCUCAGGGCGGCAAGUACGUUGGCUUCGGAUCCACCCCGCCGCCGUCGGCGAACAGGAACAACAACGGUGCUGCCCAGGGCGAUGUCAUGCAGGUCGUUUCCCAGGGAUUUGGACGCCUUUCGCUUGUUGCAGCAUCUGCUGCCCAAUCUGCUGCUACUGUUGUCCAAGUUGGCACAAAAGAGAUUCAAUCAAAGACUCUCCUGAAUACUAAUAUGAUAGGAAGGUGUCCUCCAAGCAAGAUGAGGGAAGGGGGUUAUGAUCAGAAGGUGAAUGAAACUGUCAAUGUUGUAACCAAUAAAACUGCAGAGAUAGGAAGCAGAACCUGGGGGAUUAUGAAAGGAGUGAUGGCAUUGGCGACACAAAAGGUAGAGGAAUAUGCCAAGGAAGGGGGAGUGGGUGGUGGCUGGGGUGAUGAUUGGCAACAAAGGGAGCAGCAGAACAACAGCAACGAGCCUUACCGCAGGUAUGAUCAGGAGACCAGCAACGGCAACGGCUGGAAUUCUCCGCAAGAUGGAUCAGCGAAGAACCAGAACCACAAUUCCAAUUCUUGGGAUGAUUGGGAUGACCAAGACAAGAAGGAAGAGCCUGCCAAGACAAGCCAGAGCAGCGACUCGUGGGCCGGCUGGGAUGAUGCGAAAGAUGACGGUUUUGAUAGUUACAGCCAUCACAGCCCAGCCAACAAGGGUGGGAGCAAUCAGAAUGGAACUGCGGGGGGGUCAUAUUGGGCCGACGGCGGCUUCCGCUGA